AUGGCCAAGCUACCACCAGAAGUUGCUUGGCAAGAGCUCCUUGAUCUUUCAUCAGACGACACCUCUGAUAGUGAGGAUGAAAAAGAAAACAAAGACGAGGUUACUGCCAUGUCUGCUAUCAACAAAUUCGGAACGAAGAUACCACUAUUGCUGCAAAAACAAUUAGAUUGCUUCACAAAUGCAAGUCGAGCACAAAGGGUUGUCCAGGAUGCAACAACGGUAAAGGCCGUUUUGUUUGCAAGGAUUGUUGGCCCGAUUACGUGCAUGAUGAUGGUCACAGGCAUGAUGGCUGAGCAAUAUGCCAAUAUUCCGUGCUUCGGCAAAUUCUAG